AUGGCUGCAUACAUGACUUAUCUGAUCUCAAGAACGAAUCCACUAAGGUACAUGUUUCACCAGCCUAUGCCCAUAAUGUUGUUAAGUGAGUUCGACAUCCAGUACGUCGCACAGAAGGCAGUUAAAGGGCAGGCAUUGGUAGAUCUACUGGCAGGAAGCCCGGUAGAUGACAAUUUUGUGCCCUUGUGGACUUACUUCCCAGAUGAAGAAAUAAUAACAAUUGAAGACGAGAAAAGUGAAGACGAGUCAGGAUGGAAAGUAUACUUUGAUGGAGCAGUCAAUUUUAAAGGAUCAGGGAUCGGAGCCGUCUUGGUUUCAGACUUAGGUCAAUAUUAUCCAGUGGCAACCAAGUUAAGUUUCAAAUGCACUAACAACAUGGCUGAAUACGAAGCUUGUGUCUUCGGUCUACGUUUAGCUCUCGACAUGGAUGUGAAUGAUCUUCAGGUAAUUGGCGACUCGAAUUUGCUAAUCCAUCAAGUUCGAGGAAAGUGGGCCACCAAAAAUGAAAAAAUCAUACCGUGUGUUGGACUUGUGCAAAUAUUGGCAGAUCAUUUCCUAGAGGUCAAGUUCAAACAUAUACCAAGAACCCUGAAUGAAUUUGCCGAUGCGUUGGCAACAAUAGCAUCCAUGAUUCAGCAUCUUGACAGGAGAUACAUUUAUCCUGUCAAAAUUGAAAUAAGAGAUCAGCCAGCCCACUGUGUUUUUGUAGAGGCUGAGAUAGAUGGAAAACCUUGGUACGUUGACAUUAAAAUGUUCUUGGAGAAGGGAGAAUAUCCCGACAGAAUCACUUUAAAUCAGAAAAGGACUAUUAGGAAGCUAGAAAAUGGUUUAUUCCUCAACAAGAAUGUCCUAUACAAAAUAACUCUAGACUUGGGAUUGCUUAGAUGUGUUGAUUCUUUUGAAGCUACAAAACUGAUUGAAAAAGUGCAUGCUGGAACUUGCGGACCCCACAUGAAUGGGUUUGUGCUAGCAAAAAAAAUCUUGAGAGUAGGUUAUUACUGGAUGACCAUGGAAAAUAACUGUAGCAAAUUUGUCAAAAAAUGCCACAAGUGUCAGAUUCAUGGUGACUUGAUAAUGGUCCCUCCAACAGAACUAAAUGCUAUGACGUCACCUUGGCCAUUCGCCGCUUGGGGCAUGGAUGUCAUUGGACUAAUUGCUCCAGCUACAUCAAAUAAACAUCGUCUCAUCUUGGUCGCCAUAGACUACUUCACCAAGUGGGUGGAAGAAAACAUCUUAUUCAUUGAUGACAAAGAAAGUGGUCACAGACUUUGUGCGCAACAACAUCAUAUGACGUUGCCUUUCGCAUUACUGGGAUACCACACUACUGCCAAGACUUCGACUGGAGCCACUCCAUACCUGUUGGUGUAUGGCACUGAAGCAGUGAUACCAGCCGAAGUAGAAAUCCCGUCACUUCGGAUAAUACAAGAAGUUGAGUUAGACGAUGCAGAGUGGAUCCAUAAAAGAUAUGAGCAACUGGCUAUUAUCUAUGAAAAGAGGAUGAUUGCUGUUUGCCAUGGCUAA